CACCGAAAUAACUGUGUGCAGCCAACUUUGUUUAAUUACCAGGUACUUCAUUAUAAUUGAUGACUUAUGGGAUACAUCAGUAUGGGAUGUUGCAGCCCACGCUUUCCCGAAGGGUAAUCAUGGCAGCCGGAUAAUAGCAACAACGGAAAUUGAGGAUGUAGCUCUUGCAUGCUGUAGUUAUCAGUCCAAGUACAUGGUUAAGAUGGAACCUCUUAGCGAGAGUCACUCGAAAGAGUUGUUCACAAGUGCAGUGUUUGGCUCUGGAGAACAACAUUCUUGCCACGUAAAUGAAGUGCCAGACGAGAUUAUAAGAAGAUGUGCUGGUUUACCACAGGCAAUUAUCAGCAUAUCCAGUAUCCUAGCAAGCUAUGGGGAAGCCAAUACAGUAGAGAACUGGGAGCAAAUACAAAACUGUUUGCCAACAAAUACAACUUCUGAUGAGAUACUGAAAGAAGUACUGAUUUUUUGCUACAAAAGUCUUCCCAGUUGUGCUCAGACAUGUCUGUUGUAUCUUAGUAUGUACCCGGAGAAUUACUUAAUCUUGAAGGAAGAUAUAAUGAAGCAAUGGGUGGCCGAAGGUUUCAUCCGUGCGCCAACAGAGAAAGAGAAAAUGGAAGUUGCUGGGAGCUAUUUUGAUAUGCUUGUUAAUAUGGGCAUGAUCCAACAUAUAGACAUAGACUAUAGCGAUGAGGUUUUGUACUAUGCGGUGCAUCACAUGGUACAUGAUAUUAUUACAUCUAAGUCCAUAGAAGAGAAUUUUGUCACUGUAAUAGAUUAUUCUCAAAGGACGUUACGGUUUUCUAACAAGGUUAGUCGUCUGUCCCUCCAGUUCGGCGGUGCAACAUAUGCAACUACACCAGCACGUAUUGGACAGUCGCAAGUACGAUCUCUUGCUUAUAAUGGACUGGUGAGCUGCUUGCCUUCCAUAUCAGAGUUUAAGCUUCUUCGAUUUCUGAUCCUCCAUAUUUGGGCUGAUCAACCAAGCACAGGCGUAAACCUCAGGCGUAUCUCUGAAUUGCUUCUGUUGAGAUAUUUGCAAGUCACAUGCAAUGACACCGUACAGCUGCCAGAUCAGUUGCAGGGUUUAAAACUGUUGGAAACACUUGAAAUAAAUGCAAGAGUAGCAACUAUUCCAUCGGAUAUUGUUCAUCUUCAGAGCUUGUUGCACCUCCGUCUCGGAGGUGGGACAGAACUCCCCGAUGUGACUGGCAUCCUAAAAAGUGUCACCCUGAAUCCUCCUCCUAGUUCUUCGGGCAGGACAAUUUCAUUGGAUGGCUCGGGCAGUCCUCCUGAGUCAGUGAAGACAAUCGAGUUGCUGCCUCCCAUUUGUAGAAUCCCCAAGUGGAUUGGAAGGCUUACCAAACUCUGCGUUCUGAAAAUUGUUGUGAGAGAAUUGCUAAUGGAUGACAUCAGUAACCUUCAGGGAUUGUCAGCCCUCACUGUUCUUGCGUUGUACGUCCAGCAACGAACUACAGAACAAAUCAGCUUUGCAACGGGAGCACUCGCUGCUCUAGAGUAUUUUGAGUUCGGGUGUGGUGUAUUACACCUGUCUUUUGCGGAAGGAGCAAUGCCCAAUCUUCAGAGGAUGAAGCUAGGUUUCAAUGCCCACAGAGGAGAUCAGUAUGGUUGUUUGCUUUUCGGCAUUGAGCACCUGUCAAACGUCCAGGAGAUUGUUGGAGUAAUUGGGUCAACUGCUGGUGCCGAGGAACAUGACUUGCAGGCUGCAGAGUCUGCAUUCAAGAUCGCCAUUGGUGAGCAUCCUAGUAAUGUCAGCUUAAAAGCAUCAUACGUUGUUGAGGAGUAUGGCCCUCUAGAAAAACAGCAUUCGGUCCGAGGGAAGGACCCGUCCACAUCAAGUGAACUAUCUGGAAGUCAAAAACAAGAGUCUGAGGAAGCUAUAAAGCAAAAGGCCGAUAACAACUCCCAGUCAAUUAACUGGAGAAGUCACAACAAGGAACAUGAAAGCGUGGAGUCAUGGAAUGACACGCAGUCGUCAAUGCAGAAGGUGUGGUCCCUAAUGUCAUAAGUUUAAUUUCUUCCAAAUAAAUUUGCG